CUCUCUCUCUCUCUCUCUCUCUCUGUGUGUGUCUUGGACUGGCUGUGUUCUCUGAGCAUCCAGGUGAAUCUGAAGCUUGAUAAUGGACACAGCCGUGGACAGCGGCUGUGGUUUUUCCUCCCGACGGUCACACACAAACUAGCGUUAACCGGGCAAACAAGCCGUCAAAGGAGAGAAUACCGGCGUCGCGGCUGUUUAUCACAGCGUGUUUCUUCCUCUUCUCCUUCUCCCCCCCCUCUUUCUUUUCUAUCUGCGCGUCUUCUGGAACAGAUGUCCUGCCCGGGAAGUUACGGACGAAACGCGGAUAAAACCACCGAGUCGUCAUCUCCAGUUGGCAAGAGGCGCUCCGACUCGAAGCAUUUCUUCUUCUCUGAGGUGGCUCUUCUCUAACAGGACACUGUUCAGCCCCUCCAACAAGUUGUCUUGGCACCUGACUUAUCCAUCCCACAUACAUAAUUCAACAAGGAGUUUUUGCAGCAUGUAACGGCAGCAAGAAUUCCAGGAAAGCACUACGACUUAACAUCUGAAGGCCAGUGACAGCUGGAGCCAUGUCCUGUCAUUUUCACUGGCCGCCUCCCCUCUGAAUCACUAUCAAGGUAAUCGGUCAUCUCUACGUGGUCCUCUAGAAGACCAGACCUCUUCGCCAACAUGAAAGGGUUGGGUACCAGCCGUAACAGACACUUCACUGACUCCUGUGAACCGUCCUCGGGCCAUCCAGAGGCACUCUACUCUCAGAAGACCAGCACCCUCCCGCGCAGCCCUUACCUGCUGAGCCCGACAAUGGACCACUACGGCACCAUGGACCCCCACCUCUAUCCUUCCGCCAAUCCAGGCUCCCUUCCACCGGACUGCAUGCUUCCCCUCAACAACCAGAUGUCCAACAGCAGCACCUUCCCCAGGAUUCACUACAACUCCUACGACCAGUCUGACUUCUCCCCACCCGGAGACAGCAUCGGGGGGAUAAGUACAGGGACCAUGGGCACGUCCAUGUCCAUGGGCCCGGGCAUGGGAACGGGUAUGGGCAUGGGCAUGACAGGGCUAAGUGGACGAACACCAAUGAUUACGAGUGGAUCAGCAACUAUAUCACAUCACAUGACCAAAAACCAGGCACCGACCAGUCUGCUAGAGUUUGACAAGCAGCUACCUGGAGGCCAUGACGGAUUCAGCACGUUGCAGUUUCAUCGAACGUCUGCCGUUGCUGGGGGGAAGCAGCACACGGACAGUCCUGGUCGGAUCCGUUACAUGCUGCAUUCAGUGCAGAAACUCUUUGCAAAGUCCCAAUCACUGGAAAGCCAAAAUAUGAAAGGCAAUUUCAACGGACGCUCCACUGGCAGUGGUGGAGGCUCGUCUGGCACUGAAGAUGGAGGGAAGCAGAAUCGCAGAUCCAAGAGUAAAGAUCGGGGUACAAAGUCAGAGGCAACCUCCAAGCGACGGCCGCGCUCCAACAUGUCUGGCUAUUGGAGCUCAGACGAUUUGGACAGCAGUGAUUUGAGCAGCUACCAUAACACCAUGGCCAUGAUGACUCUGGGACGUCCGACUGGCCAUGACAGUCAGGGGGCGCAGACCCGAUAUAUCCAAAGCGGCUACAACACUAUCAGCUCCUCCAAAAGCAGUAAUGACAUGAAGUAUCAGGCACUCACUGGGCCUGGUGGUGGAGGAGGUCAUGGGCUAGUUGGAGCGGGAAGAACAGUGACAAAUGAUAAUGACUAUAUGAAAGGAGGGUCCUGGUCCACACUGACAAUGGGCCAGCCGAGACAUGUGAUCCAGAAGGGCUCAGCUACUCUGGACCGGUCUAUGCUCAAGUCCAAGUCCUGCCAACCUGAACUAACUUGUAACUACCUGCAGGUUGGACGAAGGGGUGAUUGGAGCAGCACAUUAGGCCGUAGCGGAGGUGCCAAUGAAAUCCCAUGUCGGCGGAUGCGCAGCGGUAGCUACGUGAAGGCCAUGGGGGAUAUGGAAGACAGCGACGACUCGGAUGGGAGCCCCAAACCCUCGCCAAAAUCUGCCGCUCGACGCCAGAGCUACCUCAGGGCUACGCAGCAAUCUCUAAGCGACCAGCUACCCCCACGCAACAGAACCCUGGAUUACACCUUGUUGCAGGGGGAGCUGGAUGCCUUGUGGUCUCCACUCCACAGUGUGUCCUCUCUGCAACAGCUGGGCAGGUCAAUGAGCAGCUGUCUUCCAUCUCUCAGAGAGCUCUCCAAUAAUCGCAGCCUGGACAACCUAGACUGCAUCGGGGGUACCGUCUCAUCUUCGCCACAGUGGGAUGACGAUGACUUCAGUCAGGCCUGCAGCACCUUGGGCAGACGUAGCUGCUUGGGACAGCUACGGGACUUGGAAAUGAGUCAUCAGUAUGAGGACCGCAGCUCUGACUCCACAUUCAGAGAUUCCCGUUCCCACUCUCAGGACAACCCAGAGCCUCUAGACUUGCCCAUGCCGACGUGCUUCCGAUCCCGCAGCCACAGCUACCUGAGAGCCAUCCAGGCUGGCUGUUCCCAAGAUGACGACACAGCAUCCAUGGACUCUGGCUGCUCACCCCCUCAUAUUGACACCACUGUUCGCACCUACAAUACCAGCACUGUCUCUUCAUGCAUAACCACGUGUAAGAAGGCUGCCCCUCCCCCAGUGCCGCCCCGUACGACCUCAAAGCCCUACAAGUCUGUUACAGUGCAGAGCAGCACAGAGUCGGCCCAAGACAACUACCUGGACCAGCAGGACCGGAGGUCGGAGGUCAACAGCCAGUCGAGCCACGCCCACAGCAACUCCUCUGACAGCCUCGACAGCACGCGUGCAAACAGCCUGGCCCGGGGUAUCAGGCGCCCGCCACACAUCAUCCCCACUCCCAUUGCCAUCCCGAGAGAGCCAAUCGCCCCCACCACCUCCAACGCUUCCACUGAGACGAGUGACUCCGUGGUGCAGCAUGAACUGCUGAGAUCCGGAUUAAACAAGGUGAAUCUUGUGGUCGAGGAGCCCCAAGUGGCACCGGUACCCAGACGGAAACUCUCCUCCAUUGGCAUACAGGUUGACUGCAUUCAAGAAGUUCCACAAGAGGAGACCCCACCAUUGGCCAAAUUUCAGUCAAUUGGAGUACAGGUGGAGGACGGGUGGCAACUCAGUCGCUCCAGUAGCAUGGCCUCAAAACAAGAAACCGAUUCAGACACACAAGACAUCCCUGUCGUUUCCCACUAUAAUAACUCCAAACAAUUUGAGAAGAAAGUCAUGGUGAAUAGUGCAAUCCAAGCCAUGAGCUCCCCUCCCGGACACGACUAUUUAGACAACGGAGACACUCCCGGUGACGCCCCUUCACCUCCACCUCCCAGGCAGAUCCUCAAACGCUCCACCACACGCAGUAGCUCUUCCUCCUUCUCGGAAAGUCUGGACCCGGCUCUGGACCCCUCAUGUCUACCGCCUCCAGAACCUUGGCUGGAGAGUGGCAACGGCAGUAACGGCAGCGUCCCCCAGAGCGGAGGCGGGGGAACGCUGUGUCGGAGAGACGGGCACUGGUUCCUGAAGCUGCUGCAGGCCGAGACGGGGCGCAUGGAAGGCUGGUGCCAUCAGAUGGAGCAGGAGACCAAAGACAACCAGCUCUCAGAAGAGGUGCUGGGGAAAGUUCGCAGCGCAGUAGGAUGUGCCCAGCUCCUAAUGGCCCAGAAGUUCCAGCAGUUUCGGGGACUGUGUGAACAAAACUUGAAUGUGAAUGCCAACCCGCGGGCCACAGCCCAGGACCUGGCAGGUUUCUGGGACCUGCUGCAGCUCUCCAUCGAGGACAUCAGCCUCAAAUUUGAUGAGCUCUACCAUCUCAAGUCCAAUGACUGGCAGCCCAUGCCGUCUGCGGCUGCCCAGUCGCCCCCUGGGCGGAAGGUACUUCCCACCCCUGCUGCCCAGUGCCCUGGCUGGGGACGAGGAGAAGGAGUCCGCCACAAAGAAGCCCGGUAAGGGACGACCGUCGCUGGGCCGCGAGAAGAGUACGGACUCCUCAUCCGCCUCCUCUACGGCCUCAGCCGAGAAGCAGAGACACGAGGCUCGCAAGCGCCUGCUAGCUGCUAAAAAGGCGGCCUCGUUUCGCCAGAACUCCGCCACCGAGAGCGCGGACAGCAUCGAAAUCUAUGUCCCCGAGGCCCAGACCCGCCUCUGAGACGGUGAGAAGGAAGGAACUAGGGUCGGAUCAAAGGACAGAUAAGUGUCGCAGAAAUACCUGGAAAAGGGAGUGGAAAUCCUUUGCAAUGCAAAUGAACUACUCUGAGUAAAAGUUGGGAAGUUGGGGGAGGAGAGAUCAGAUUCCAUUAGAGUGGGCUGGGGGGGUGAAAGGGACACUUUACACACAAUCAUGUAGUUAUGGGCCUGUCCUGGUGCCAUCAAAUACUCCAAAAAGAAAAUGAAAUUAAAAUGUUUGCUUUUGAGGACUCAGCAGACUGUAAAGCAGGAGACACUUCAUUAGUGGCUGCCUUUGAUAACCUCAGCUGAUGAACUUAAGUAAUUUCUUGUAACUACUCUUGAUAUCAUACAAUUGUUAAUGAAGUUAUUAUGACAAUUAUAUCCUAAAGAAACUACAUGAAGACUGUUUUUAAACAUUGCUCCAUCUUUGCUAUAAAAUAUUUUAAGUGGACAGGCAAACAUUACUGCUGUUAUGUCUCCUAUUGUCAUCCUCUCUUCCCAGAUCAUUGGCCAUCUUGUAGCUUUGCACAACACCUUCCUGUGGCCAUCGCACAUGCACGCGCGCGCACACACACACUAUGUCUUUCUUGUAUUUAUUUGCUUACUUUUCUCAUUCUUUGUUUUCUAUUAGUCCAUUUAGAUCUUGUUAUGAAUAUUUUCGGUAUGAUGAAAUUGGAUGUCAGAUUUGAAGGGGUAUUUAUAUAGUUCCUUACAAUUAACUUGUGUGUUUCUGUCAAAUGUUCUUGUGUCAAAGAUUUAAACACCAUUGAUAGUUUCAUUGAGUGUUUUUUAAUGAAAGCACAUCCCUAUGAUAAUGAUGACCAAGCACGAGGGUCUCUAAGUCAUACUGUCAGUUGACACAUCAUUGAAAAUUUAUUUUUCUUUCUUUUGAGGGAAAAUGUCUUACCCUCCUUUUUUUUUUUUUUUUUUCCCCCCCCAAACAUUCCGUUCCAAUCAUUUUGGUUUUGAUGUCUGUGCUGUAACGGCAGAUUCUGGAAUGGUUCAGCUCGGAUAUGCGUUGUUUGUUUAACAUUUCUUUAAGUGCUUUUAUUAACCUCAUUUAGCAUUUAACUCAAACAAAUUUAGGCCUUUUUAUUGAAAUAAUGCAGUAGGCGGAUUAUGCAGGGUAAUAUGUUAUUGUUUGUGGAGACACAUAGACAUGUUCCUUGCUGUUAUAGUUUUAAAGAGUGAUUCCAAAAGCAUUUGAUUUAUUUCUAAACCCUAAAUUUGUUGACAUUAUUGUUCCCCAACAUUAUCCAAAAUACCUGCACUUUUUAUUGAAAGAAACCUAUUUAAUUAAAACCUUAAAUAAAUGAGUCUCGUGUUUUCAUUUAUUAAAUGCGACCAGCCUUUUUUUGUAAUGGAAGACUGCAUGCCAAAGAUGAAUUCACCAUUCACCACAAGUGUCAGCGGCAGGGAGCUCACAGUCCUUAGUGUUGAAGUAGAAUGGAGUAAAGCCACAGCAUUGCAUUUAUUUCAAAUUUGCAUUAUCCCCGAAAGCUCAACUAGAAACUAGAAAUCGCGAUAACUGCUCUAUUGCUCAGCAGCAGGACCAAAGUAUCUGAAAAUGUCUUAUUUCUGACCUCAAGAGGGCAACAGUGCUUGAUUACUCUAAAGUACACGGUUACUGUGACGUAAACAUACAAUGAACCUGCAUUCAUUUUGUAAGACAAGGAGCCCUCUACUGUUUCAUAUUGUGUGCAUUAAAAUUAUUUCAGACUCUCUAUAAAGCAAAUUUCCCCCAAAAAAAGACGCAGUUGUUUUUUUUAGCCAUUCACAGACAAACUUUUGGAUUUUGCUUAGAAGUACACAUCCAACCAUAAAGUCCAAACUGACAUCCACACCAGUUGUUUGUCUGUCUUCCAGUCACAUUUGUUUUCUUCCGACUGCUAAGCAAACAUGACUUCCCCUUGUUAAUUAGUUAUGCUAAGCAGUUACAAUGUCAUUGCUUUGGCUGCUGCAAUGCUUCUUUCGCACCUACUCAGACCCAAAAAUGCAGCCAGAGGCUUUGAAUUGGAAGUCAGAUGACGACCGUUAUCUCUCUUAUCUUGGCAAGAGCUUUCUGUUGAUGGCAGGCCUUUGUUUGCCUGUUUUGUUUGCCAGCUGGGGAUGACUCUGAGCAAGGAAAAUGCCUCAAGGGUGUCAAUAGUCAGUUCCCUGGUUGCUGUCAAUGGCCCCUUCUUUUUCAGUGGGGUGGAUUGCAUCGUUAGCACCUGACGGCCUUUUGUGUGACUGGAUCUCAGCCGGUGGCUUUAUUAGACUUGAGAAUGCAGGGAAAAAGUUGUCUGACGAGUUGCUUUUCUGAAAUCACUGUGGUUUGGAUACUGCUGCCUCAAAGUUUAACACAAGUUUAAAAAAAACAAUUGACAUUCUGAUGAUCUUAAUGUCAUGGGUAUUGAAUAUUCAGUCUCAAGAACAACUAAUCCAUUCAAAUCUCUUUCUCACAUCCAACCACUGCCAAAAUCUUAACAUUCAGAACCGUCUCAUAACAUAAUUUCCUUUUCUUCCCAUUUGCCACAGUUUUGUAACCUAAACCCUGAUUCGUCACAAAAAACAGUCUGCCUGACACCAAAAUCUAUGUGGCAUCUCAAGUACGCUGAGAGAAAGUAGUUCAGCAAUCUAACCAUUGCAAGAAAAUGUUUUUUUUACACACGUUAAAACUUGGAUGUGUAAAAUGCCCAAAAGCGUCAGUGACGUAAAGGGAGUUCAUGCAUUUAUACGAGACUUCCCUCCAAUACACACAGAAAGCACUGGGACACACCUAAGUCUACUUCCUGGGUAGAGUCAUCCAGGAUCCAAACAGCUGCUGCUUUAAAACCAUUGAUUUGGAGGUGAUAACAACCCCCCUUUUCCCUCAUAUUGGUUUGAUGGCUUUGGCCUUUCAAAGUCAAAACUGCCACGCUAUGAUUUGCUGAAGCAGAACUCUGUUGUGACGCUUCAUUUUCAUAUCAACUUGAUUUUCAUUGCUUCCUUUCAUCUGCAUCUGCACAUAAACGCAAGUAGAAAAAAACCUAGGCAAAAAGUUGCAAUGUUUAGCAAGAGUAAUAUAAUACUUUAUUAUGUGGCUACAGUUCAAAUUGUACCAUAUCUUCUGUGACAACACUGUACCUUUUAUUAUGUACUUUUCCCUCUAAAAAUGGGUAUGACAUCACACCUUAUAUAACUUUAGCUACUUUUGGACAUCGUUUGGUUUGCCGCAUUCCAGGACUAGUUUCAUCAGGCUACAAGAGAAGAGACAGUUUAAUCCCAGUGAGUGUUUAACCUCGACUGGGACACCACUCACAUACAGUAGUCCAAAGGGCCUGCUUACGAAUGCCAAGCUCAUUAGCAUCUGUGCUUUGUUCCUCUGGGUCGGCCAUACAGCUGGGAAGGGGUGAGGGGCAGAGCUCAGGGGAGGAUAUAGCCAAAAAAAAGUGUCUGUAAAAACACUAGAACAUAUAUUUUAUGAAGCAAGCACCUAUUUUAAACAAUAAGAUCUGUUCAGCAUUAUACUAUUUAGGCUGUAUGUCAGGGUUUCUGGGGUGAAGUAUAAAAGUGUUGUAUUAUUUGAAACAAAGGUUUUGAAUGAGUGGUGGUGCUGUUCAGAUGAGAUUUACCUAGAUUCUUGUCACUAUACUCUGGUCAAAUUUAAAGUAUAUGUGCAAUACUGCGUAAAGGGGUUCUUUGAUAUUAAUAUUAAACUAAUAAUCUUGCAUUUAUCCCCCCGUGCUUCUUAAAGUUGUCUUCUGUAAAUAGACCUGACUGAAAAUCGUCAUCUUUUACAAUGCUGUAGAUCUAUUUAUACUAUUCCAAGGUUGUUCAAAUGUAUAAUGGAGCGAUGUAACAUUCAAUAAAAUGCACAAUACUUUCUCAAAAAGUC